UGUUGGAGGCAAGAAUGCGACGGCAGGGUCUUGGCCGUGGCAAGUCAGCAUUCAUGCCAUCGGAUUUGGCCAUAACUGCGGCGGGACUCUGAUCACUAAAGACUGGAUUUUAUCUGCAGCUCACUGCUUUCAGAAGUAUGAAGUUAAAUAAAGCUCAAGAUACAUUUGUAGAUUGAUAAGUGCGAUUAAAGCAGACUUUCUCUGUUAACAGUUUUGGUGUGUCUGACACACUGAUGUACUUCGGGCGUCUGAACCAAUCCGGCUCAAACCCUAAAGAGACAUCCAGGACAGCGAGUCGAAUCAUCAGACAUCCUAACUAUAACAGUUCUACUUUUGACAGUGACAUAGCGCUGAUCCAGCUCUCCUCUUCUGUGAAUUUCUCUGAUUACAUUAAGCCGGUCUGUCUGGCGGCGGCUGGAAGUGUAUUUUCUGCAGGUACAGAGAGUUGGGUCACUGGAUGGGGCAGGCUACAAUAUGGAGGCCAGAUUCCUGAUACACUGCAGGAGGUGAUGAUACCCAUUGUGAACAACACUGACUGUGAUAAUGCUUAUGAAGGGAUCAACAUAAGCAUCACAAGCAAUAUGAUUUGUGCUGGAUUGUUAAAUCAGGGAGGAAAAGGUUCAUGUCAGGGAGACUCUGGAGGUCCAAUGGUCAGUAAGAAAGACUCUCUGUGGAUUCAGUCUGGCAUUGUGAGUUUUAGUAAAGGAUGUGCUCAACCCAAAUAUCCCAGUGUGUACUCCAGAGUCUCUCAGUACCAGAACUGGAUCAAGUCUUACAUGAGCAGUAACCCACCUGGAUUUGCUGAAUUCAACACUGAAAAGCCUACAUCCAGCUCCAACUUCAGAAGUGUACCCAACCUCCUCCUAUUUUGCCUUUCUCUCACAUUUUCCAUUAUUCACCUUCUCCCUCUUUCUCUCUUUCUAAAGAUUGAUUGAACAGAAACUCUCAGGGUUCUUUGAUGAUAUGAUGAAGUGUACUGUGCAUGCUCUCAUAAUAUGAGAAAUGUGAGAAAUUAACAGUUUAAUUGUUAUUGUUUUUACUGUCUGAGAUUCAGGUUGUUUGCAUAAACAGUAAAGAUAGACAGCUAUUGAUUUUAGGCGCUCUGAACCAUGCCUAAGCACGUUUGACCUCAAAGCCCAGUUCAUUUGACUAGUGUGAUCGCUCCAAACUGUGCUCUGACGCCGUUAGUUUAGCCGGCCCUGGGGUCUCAUUUAUAAAGCGUGCAUACGCACAAAACAGGGCUGGAAACGUGCGUACGCCAGUUCCCACGCAAAGGUUGUGAUCUAUAAAAACAAACUUGAUGGGAGAAUGUGCGCACCUUUAAGCAAACUUUGAGCUGUGCGUACGAACAUUUUGGAGACAGAGCAGUUUGGCGACACCGAUGGUGAACUGAGGGACUGACGGCAGAUGAAGGAAAACCACUUUAAAUCCUCCUUAUGAGUCAUAAUCAUAAAUACAGUGCAUGUGUUCACAAUAACAGUUUAAAUAAAUAAAAGAAUGAUUUAAACUCGCAUGGAAACUCACAUUUUCAUUUUGAUAUACACAUUUACAUUAAUAUUACACUUUCACUAAUGGCGAUAAGCACUAGUCGCAUACGCAGUCAUUACGGAGAAGUUAAUCAAACGUGAUAUGAAUUUACAUAGUAGAUGUGCUACUUUCUAUCACUUUUCCUGUGACACGCUGCUUUAAUGACAGCGAGGAGCGCUAGGAGCAUAAUAAUUCCUCUUUAAACUACACUGCAGAUAUUAUACAAAAUAUUUUAGCGAGUGCAUUUAACAAUGGUCGAUGCACACUUCGAUAUUAUGGAAGACACUGCUGGAUUUGGAUUUUAU